UUCAGAGAAAAUCCUGCUAGCAUUAUUGACGACGAGAAACACGCAUUGGACCGCUUAUUCCCUCCGUUGUCGACCGAAAGUCGGGCGGAACGUGUGAAAAUUGAAACGAUCCUGACUGAACAUUGGGCGCAGUCGUUAUCCCGCGGCUUUUCAAAUGGAAGUGUCAACGAGGAAUGCGUUUAUGUCGACGAAGUCUCGUUUGCGAGAAGCAAAUUGAACGAAGAGUUGGCUAGACAGUGUCCGUGGCUUGUGACUCCGAAUCGACGAGAACUGUUGGAACAAGUGCUUGACAUCGCCGAGGACGGAAUGUCGAAAGCUUUCGCGUAUCACUCAGCUUGUGCGGAAGCUUAUUUCAAGUGCUUAUCCAUGCGUCAGUCGGAGGGUGGUGAUUCGAAAUCACGACCGAUGGAGGAUGCGAAAGCAACGCUGAGAAUUUUAUCAUUGACAGUCCGUCACGCGAAUCACAUGUCACCUACUUUGGAAGAUGGUUGGGCACGAACACCAACGUUUCCUUGGAAACUCAUAAUUCCGCAGCUGUUUUCCAGUCUGAGUAACCCAAAUAUUUCCGUGCGAAAGUGGCUGAGUGACCUGGUUUGUCGUUUGGCCGAGGAUUACCCUCACCUAAUCGUAUUUCCUGCUGUCGUGGGGGCGUCGUGUACGCUACCAAAUGUGAACGAAAGCCGAGCGAAAGACCUUUGGGACAAGUUGGAGGCGCCAGAAGACUCGAAAGAUGCUGCUGAAGAGUCCAAUCCGAAAGACUUCGAAGCUGAUGAAGAAGACGACAUAGCUCUUGGGAAGGAAAGAUCAAAACCUUUUGGCGAAGAUAAUGAUACGGAAAUUUUGGUGAAUACGUGCUACGUGGCUUUGCUGGAUGCAUUGACCAAAACGAAUCGAGAGCAUGUUGCGGAAGUUGAGACUCUAGUUCGUGAACUAAGGCGAAUUACAUUGCUUUGGGAUGAAGCCUGGCUAGGAUCUGUGCUGCACAAUUUGCCGCACUUGAAUCGUCGCUUAGCGCAGUUGGAAGGCGAAGUCAAAAAAGUUCAAUCAAACCAAUUUCUCAGUUUCGAAGAAAAGAAGACCAUCGUUCGAGGAAAGUUCGAUGUGCUUGUCAAGCCAAUUCUGUUUGUUCUGGAGCAGUUACAUGAAAUCACUGGUGGGGAGGCGGAAACAAAGCACGAAUUGUGGUUUCAAGAUAAAUUUGGUUCUGUAAUCGAGAAUACCUUGCAUUGCUUGCGAAAUCCGAAGCAUCCCGAACAACCAAAAAAUACACUGAAUGAAAUUGUUGCGUUGGAACAAUGGUUGAGGCAAAAAGGCGUGUCGGAGAAAUCACAAAUCAAUAGUCUUUUAAAACUGGCUGAUAUUUCACCGACUCUCGCCGGUUUGAAGCAUACUGUGAUCGCUGUUCCUGGAAGUGUGAAUAAUGCUAUGGGUAAACAAGAUUGGAUCACCAUUGCGGGAUUUGAAAGCAGCGUGCAAAUUCUUCCUACCAAAACUCGUCCAAAGAAACUCGUCGUGAAGGGCUCCGACGGCAAAAGGUAUCCAUUCCUUUUCAAGGGCUUAGAAGACUUGCAUCUGGAUGAACGAGUGAUGCAAUUUCUCAAGAUCGUCAACUCCAUGCUUGUUGCAGAACGA